CAAUAUUUUACUGACAUUCGACCUACUCAGAUCACAAUGAGGUGUUUUCUGGUGACUUUUGUCCUGGCUCUGGCCACGCCGGCUAUCCUGGCCCGCACCAUGGAUCGGUGCUCCUUGGCUCGGGAGAUGUCCAAUCUGGGAGUUCCCCGUGACCAACUCAGCAAGUGGACCUGCAUUGCGGAGCAUGAGAGUUCCUACCGAACUGGAGUGGUGGGACCCACCAACUCCGAUGGAUCCAACGACUACGGAAUCUUCCAGAUCAACGACCUCUACUGGUGCCAACCGCCGAGUGGAAAGUUCUCCCACAACGGCUGCGGUCUGAGCUGCAAUGACCUCUUGACCGACGACAUCAGCAGGUCGGUGAGAUGUGCCCAAACAGUCCUGGGUCAACAGGGAUGGCCUGCCUGGUCCACCUGGCACUUCUGCAGUGGAGACCUGCCCCCCAUCGACGAUUGCUUCAAAUAGGGUGUGCAAUUCGUCGGAGAAGGUUUUUAUUAAGCUAAGAAAAGAGUUUAUUAGGAACUACUAUAUGUCUUUUUCGGGAAACGGCCAUUAACAACCUCUUGGUAAAUCAAAUGUGUCACUUGGUUAAACAUAAUAAAGAUGAGGGACCGAUUGGUCUGUUGAAGCCAAGAUAACAAA